CCCAAAGAAGUUAACUGACUUGCCUAGAUUAAAUAAAGGUUCAAUAAAAAUAAAAUGUCUGCCCAUGACUCUGACCUAUGAACAGCACAAUGAAUGAGCAAAGCUCAGUGUUAUGUAAUCAUAGGGACAUAAACAGCCGAGGUAGAAAUUAAAAUUUUGAAAUUAUUGAAGUAUCCUGUCAAUUGAUAAGCGGGCGUGGUCUUAUCUUUUAUCGAAAUAUCAUAUGGGAAGAUAUGAUUCCACGUGUCUCAGUAACAAGUGUAUAAUAAUACCUAUGUUAUUACAUGUUAGUUACAUAGGCAGCUUCAGUGUAUAGGUUAGGCUAUAUUGUUAGCUGUUAUACUUGUUUCACACAUUACAAUUUUAUAUCCAUUUGACUAGUAAAUUAACUCAAAUCGAUUGUAGCUAAACCUCCUCUUGCCCUAGAAUUAUAAUCUGAAUGCAAUUACCAUUUCAUAGAUAGGGAUGGACUCAUAAAAAAAACACUUGAGAAGUGGACCAAACGAUAUCCAAGAUGUGGAUGUGGAUAACUGACCUUUUCCCUACUAACCUUAGGACUAUUGAUGUACAGUUUACUAAUUUGUGCUAUUGAAUAACAUGCUUGUAUUCAUCACUAUGAACAGACUGUUAUACGAUUUACAUUGGCAACAGUAAUCAGUUCCCAGUGCUACUGUGGAGUGUGUUGCUUAGGUUGCUCUCUGUUACCGCGCCUGACCAGGGUCCUUAUGCUCAUAUCCUUAGAAAUCAUUGUUUUGUAUUUCACUGCCUUGAAAUGUAUACUGUCUCAAGUUACUCUCUCUACUCAGUUCAAAUAAUGAAGGCAGCAGUAAAGAGACAUCUAUGCAGAAGACACCAAGGCAUCAAGCCAGUACUAAAAUUGGGUGAAGUGAAGCUCUCCAGUUCUUGUUCCUGCCGGUGAUGCAGGCUGUAGUGGGCUCUCGGGUUGCGUCCCUGGUGGUUCUAGAGUUCUCCCUCAGACAAAUGUCAGCUUGGGUCACAGCUGGACCAUCCAGUAGGUUCCUACARCAGCUGCUGGUCCAAUGUCAGUUCUCCUUGGGCUGGCUCAAUUGCGGUCUCCAUUUCCUCCACGAGGGGGCGCCACAGCUCCGGCUCUGCCUGCUCCUCGCUGCAGGACUGAGCUGGUUCCUGGCCAGCCAGACUGGGCGCCUACGACUCCAUGUCAUGGCACUGUACAGACUACACAGUUCCCAGUGCUACUGUGGAGUGUGCAUGACACUGCUAACAUCAGGUUGCUCUCUGUUACCGCGCCUGACCAGGGCCCUUAUGCUCACCUUUGCAGUGGCUGCCAAUGCCGCCCUCAGGUUCUGGACUCCACUGACAAUCUGCUACACACUGCUGGUGGUGUAUAUGCAGGAGGAGCAACAUCGUCAGCCAAGUGGCCAAGCUGUUAUAAACACAGUGGUGGUGCGUCUUGGGGGGGGGCUCAUGGUCCUGAUGCUGAUUGUCGGCCGCUGGGCAGAUGUGGUCCACCUCAUCCUGUGCUUCCUGGGUGAGGCUAGCUGUCUGAUACCCUCCAGAAACCUAUUGGAUGCUACAACACAGGAUAUGGAGGAAGUUACCAGUUACCACAUUCUCAGAGGAGUAAGAACCAGAUGAGAUGCUUGACACCUGGCAAAGACCACCAAAGUUAGACUAAUUGACAUGGGAAGACACUAUUUGUGCUGGGACUCUUUCUUAGAGCAUCAGUCUUAGAUUAUAUUUUGUAUUAUUAUUGAUUAUCAGUGAUGUAAUUUACUUAAGUAAAAAUACUUUA